CGACGUCGCCAAGGAGAACGCGGCGCCCUUCUCACCUCUACACCAACGAUCCCUGUCCGUACCGCUAGAAUUGCGCCUGUGGAAAAAAAAAUUUACAAACGGCACAAUUACCUACAUAGCAUCCGCGUCUCACAUCGUAUUACGCCAUGUUGUACCAAGAGGCGGACCGCGUCGCCUUUUACGGAGGAGCGUCGCGACGAGAUUCGGACGUAGCCGGCCAUUUUCAAUCGUAUAACCCGUCAAAUGACGAGCCUAUCUGUCGCAUCGCCAUCUCGUCUCACCGAACAAUCGACCAUGCCGUCCUAGCCGCGCAGGCGGCUUUUCCCUCCUGGUCCGCCACGCCCCCAGUCGAGCGAGCGCGUAUCCUGCAGCGGGCCGUGGCUCUCCUCCGCGAACGCAACGACCAGCUCGCGCGGGUUGAGACCCUCGACACCGGAAAGCCCUUCUCGGAAACGUCGACGGUAGAUAUCGUCACCGGCGCCGACGUUCUCGAGUACUUCGCUAACCUGGUGGCCAGCGGCGGAUUGAACGGCGAAAGCUUCCGCCUCCGACCUACCGCUAUGGUCUACACUUCUAAAGAACCUUUGGGCGUGUGUGUUGGCAUUGGCGCGUGGAAUUAUCCGAUCCAGAUCGCUCUUUGGAAGUCGGCUCCCUGCCUGGCCGCGGGGAAUUGCAUGGUUUACAAGCCGAGCGAGUUUACGCCGCUACACGCCGAGUACCUGGCCAACAUCUACAAAGAAGCCGGCCUCCCUCCGGGCGUCUUUAACGUCGUGUACGGCGCCGGCGAUGUCGGAGCCUACCUGACCUCCCACCCGCUUGUUGCCAAAGUGAGCUUCACCGGACAAGUCAGCACCGGGAAGAAGGUUGCCGGUACCGCCGGUGGCGGCAUGAAGUACGUGACGGCGGAGCUAGGCGGCAAGAGCCCGCUCAUCGUCAUGCCGGAUGCCGACCUGGAGCGCGCCGUCGACGUCGCGAUGAUGGCGAAUUUCUUUAGCACCGGACAGGUGUGCACGAACGGCACGCGGGUGUUCGUCCCGCGCGAAAUGACGGAGUCGUUCGAGCGCGCCCUGCUUGAGAAGAUGCAGUACGUCCGGGCGGGCGACCUCUUCGACGCGGCGACCAACUUUGGCCCGCUCAACAGCAGGGAACACUGGAAGAAGGUGACGGAAUAUGUGCGUUACGGUAUCGAGACGGACAAGGCGAGGCUUCUGUGUGGCGGGACCGACGCGCCCGCGGAGCUACCCGCAGAGCUGCGGAAGGGGUACUGGGUCCGACCGACGGUCUUCGCGGAUUGCACGGACGACAUGCGGAUCGUAAAGGAGGAGAUCUUCGGACCGGUGAUGAGCAUCCUGCCGUACGCGGGCGUCGACGAGGCAGUGACGCGGGCGAAUACGACGCACCUGGGGCUCGCGGCCGGGGUGGUAGGUCGGGACGUCGGGCAGUGCCACAGCACGGUGUCGCGGCUCGAGGCGGGCAUCACUUGGAUCAACACAUGGGGGGAGUCGCCGGCGGAGAUGGCGGUCGGCGGUUGGAAGCAGAGCGGUGUCGGGGUGGAGAACGGGAGGAGGGGACUCGAUGCCUGGGUCCGCAACAAGAGCACGCUCGUCGAGCUAGAAAGCAGCACAGCGACGGUGUUCUCGAAGCUUUAAAAACAGAAAGCUUUGGGGGCUCGCGAGGUGGAUAAAUAUGAAACUCGAGGGCCACUCUACGUUAUCUGAUCAUUGAAUGACACGAUGCACUCCCUCCCCCUUCCCCUUGUGUCAACGUAUUCGAGAGCAGCCGAUAUACUGGCAGGGUCCAGGCUCUACCUAC